AGUAAGCGGCCGAUUAAAAGUGCCUGCGCUCGAUAACGUGAUAGCUAUUUAUCGACCCUGACACCCCACGAGAAGCCUAUUGCCUCACUCGCAUCGGUCGUCGACGAGUCUUUACGCGCGCAAGCACAAUGCGUUUUCGUUGACCUUGAAACUAGAAUGAAGGAGCGUGUCGGUGGCCUGUAGUGAACUCCGAAGUGGCUUGUAGUGCAUCGUGACCGAUCCUGAGGAAGCGUGUUCCACGUGGGGAUACUCCACGUGGCCGUUUCUCUAUCUAUCUCUCUCUAUCGCGUGUGUGCACUUUGUUAUGUCAUUGGGCAAAAAGAGACAAUGGGAAUCGUGAAUUCGAUAAAGAAGAUUAAAAAUGACUCGGAAAAGAAGAAGCGGAACAACGAGGAUAAACUACGGAGUGCGAUCAGCAAACAGGUGGACGAAUAUGAGGAUGUGGAAUUGAUACAUUUGAGGAUGGCCAUUGCAAACGAUCCUAACAGUUUCAUCCUAAACAAUCUCAUGAUGUGUAUGCAGUUCUUCGAGAAUUACGAGGAAGAUAUAAUUCAAAUUAAAGAGACUCUGGCAUCGACCUAUGAAAGCGAAUUAAAUAAGGUACUACCAUCUCAAAAGCACGUUCUAUUGCCGGACGUUCUUCAGGAUCAUAUUUCGCAUAAUAUAGCUUUUACUUCGAAGAGACAGACCGGUGAUCUUAUUAUCGAACCAUUGCAACCAGUUCGGAUUUACGUUGUGCAUGACAAUUUCGAAAUUACAGAGCAAAAUUAUCAAUCAGAGUAUAGUAGCCUAAAUAAUGGAAUUACAUAUAACAUGAUGGUGCAACCGAGUGAACAUCCUGGAUACGUGCGAUUGAGACGUCUCGAUGAAAUGCCAUAUGCGAGAAACUCCAACAAGGGAGAGGAUAUCGAUCCUUCUUUAACGGCGGAUGACGACGAGAUAUAUGAUGGCGAUGCCGAAAGUAUUUACGGUCGUAAUUCGAACAUGAUGUAUCAGCAUCAAAUCAGAAAAAGAAAUUCUCAGACCUCUACAAUUUCCAAUGUCAGAUCUUUGCCCAAUUUACAUGACGACAAAACUAUAUACGAGGACCAAGAAUCCCUUUUUCGCAAGAAUAUUUACGGGUGCCGAUCCAAUCACGACAUCAAAACCGAGUCUGACUGCGAGCACAUGUCCCCGACGGAGGAUCGGAAGAAUCAUGGCAAGAAAAUGUCGUUGAAAAACGAACUGGAGGCUAGGAAAGGGAGUUACCAGCGUCAUUUCCGUCCCCGAUCCGUUGCGACAAAAUCGUCGAAGCAAAAAGUUCGCAGUUUAGCAAGCAGCUCGAGUUCUGGCUACCGAUCUGGACCUUGUGACAGUGAUAGCGAAUGGAGUUACCAAACUCUGCCAAAAUCCAACAUACAAGCCGCUCAUAACGUAAAUCACGACGAAACUGUCGCGAAUGAGUCGACGAAGAUCUAUUCCAACGCGAUGAUUCCCUCGCAGUGUUUUAAGAAGAUGAGGAUCAACAGUGACGGCAGCCUUUACAUGUUGCGACGGGAGAAAAAGCCACAGAAUAACAAACAGCUUCGUCUCUUGUUAGCCAGCAGACAAUACGAUUAUGAUGUUUUCUAUACCAGCAGUAAAAUAUUCAUGAGCUACUUUGUGGACUUUUUCGUGGACCAAUUGGCGGAGCCGCUGGGUUUCAAAUUGGAAGAUCUGAAUUACGUGGAGGAAUCGAUUAUCUACUGUGAUAAGGUGAUCGAAUCACACAAUCCCAGGUUGCGCAGGAUCGAAUCUUACGAGGUCUCGCCGACGAUAUGGCUCCAGUGGCCGGAAUACGCACAGGAAUGGUUGUAUAGACCGCGAAGCACAUGGCCCGACUACAACGACAUCAAUAAAGUGAAAGACUUCGGUUGCUACGUGGUGCCCGAAGACUCUGUGCCGAGAAAGAGGAAUUUUCAACCGAGAGAUUUGUCUUGGCAUCAAAAUGUCAAGAAGAACAUACAUGAGGAAAUCGAGUGGCAGCUGACAUUUCCGGCCGCGGAACGAUAUCUGGAGACUUGCAUGACGCGCUCGCAAGUGCAAGUGUACCUAAUCGCGCUAAUGCUACACAAGACCUUUUUAAGACCAGUCCUGGACACAACAAUCGGCCUAACAACUUCUCACAUAAGGAAUAAAUUAUUCUGGUUGAUCGAGGAGAACGACCGACCCUCCAAGUGGCCGGAUAAUCGGACCGGCGAAUGCCUGAUUAAGCUGCUAAAUAGCCUGUAUCGCUGCCUCAGUCAAAACGAACCUACUCUACCGCACUAUUUUCUCCCCGACAAAAACGUGUUUAAGAAAGUACCUUCCGACUACCUGCUGCACAGUCAGAAACAACUUAAAAGGAUAAUCGAGAACCCUAUCAUGUAUGUGUUCCACGCAAUGGAGAACAUUAAGCAUAGCAACAAGUUUUUUCCUCGACUGAACUUCACGAAGCUGUACAAUAUACUGACGGUGAAGCCGUGGCUGGCCAUGAUGAAUCCGACCCUAGACAUAUACUCAUCGCCGCAGCGGAUCGACGACAGGGAGUCCUACAGGGAGGAGAUCUACAACAAAUCCGGUGGAUUUUGGGACAGGAACCGAAAGAAAAAUUCGCAAAAUUACAGCACAACAACCGCGGGCCAAUGGCGCGGAGCGCUGAUCACCCCGCGCAAGGCCACGGACGCUAUCGUUGAAAUCUCGGAACGAUGUGCCGAACUGGAGGGUCUAAGACUGGCCGCACUGUUGGACUUCUUCAUCACGCACUUUGUUAAAAUGGCCAAGUGUUGUCAUAGGUAUCGGGCUUAUCAGCAGAAAGAAGUUUAUCUGAAUCAAGCGGAUCGAUUGUCGAUCAUUUUAUCGGAGAUGACCAGGUACAAGGACGACGCUAAGGCUUAUCGCAAGGAGAUCUUUACUCUGAGGAUGAUACCGACGAUAAAUUCCACAACAAGAUCACCAAAUGAUCCGCCAGAAACGCCUAAGAGGAAUCAAGAGGCACCUAUAUUCAGCGGUAAUUUGAAAGACCGUUUUACACGACAAUUCGCUGAGAUCGUGAAACUGCCAAGGAACGAGCAAUUGCAAUCUAGUCAUGAAAAUCAUACGAAUGAGGUCACGAAAACGGUUGCCUCCGAAAUAGAAUUAGCGAACGAGGAAAUCGCGCAAGCGAGUACUGCGAGUGUGAUUACGAGUGAGGACGAAGGUCCUUACAUCUCGGGCAAGCCUAUAUCGAAGGAUCAGAAUGACAACGUGGACUCGGGUACAAUGCAGAAAGUGGUCUCUCUAACGGAUAAUAUAAACGAUAAAACGUAUACAUUCGUUUAAGAAUAGGACGUAGAUAAUCUGUGAGAAAAAUGAGCAAGAUAAAAACAAGUCUUUGCAUUCAACGAUCACGCUCGAAACAAAUCAGAAUGAUAUUUAUUAUUAUAUUUCGAGAGUGAUCGAUAACUAAUUUAGUAAGUAAUCGAGAAAGACUGAGCGUGCUUAUCGCAUGCUUGCGAAUUGUCGAUAUUCAAUCAUCGCGUUAUGCAAGAGCGAACAUACACACACGUAGAGAUAGUUAAAAUAAUUUAUAGAAAUUGCUAAUCAUAGUCCAAUUAGGUUCAUUUCAUCUAGCAGUCGCUUUCUGUAAGAUAGCAAUGUCAUCGUAUCACAUCGCCAAUGUACUUAGCCUAGUAGAUCAGAUUGCUAUGUAAAUGUUUUAGAAAAGAACCUUUUUUUAAGAAAUAUAUUUUUAAUUUAAAGAAGA